GGGCACUGAGGCGUGUCGUAAUUUUGGUGCCUCUGGUUAACGGCGAUGGGCUUUGGCUUUUUGUUUUCACUCUUACACGCAGAAUAGGGAUUUGAAGAAGAAGAUGGUGAUCGGUUUGAGCAUUCAAGGCUAUUGGAUUUGUUCCUCGCCGAAACUUCUCUCGUCAUUGGUUUAGGAAUUUCCUGGACUUAUUGCUCGUGUUUCCUAAUCCAGUGUUCGAUCGGAGACCCAACAACCAGACCGAUAUUGGUUGUUGCAUCCUCUCUUGACCUCAACAAAUGUCCCUCCAAAACUGCUUCCUUCAUCUAUAAAACUUGAUGCCAUUGCCAAUCUGACAAAAGAAAGUAGCUCAAAAGCAUGGCCAUUGAUUCCUCUCCGAGCCUCGUUUAUGGGCUGAUGCUGCUGCUGCUUUCUGCUUUCUUUGCUCUGAGCCAGAGCUUGUAUGACACAGGUGACCCCUCUUUGACGUUGGAUUACUAUGCCAAAACUUGUCCUAAUGUGUUGCAGGUUGUGCGGAAAGAGAUGGAGUGUGCAGUGCUUUCUGACCCACGUAAUGCAGCUUUUGCUGUCCGAUUGCACUUUCACGACUGCUUUGUCCAGGGUUGUGAUGGGUCAAUUCUGCUGGACGACACUAUAACACUACAGGGUGAAAAAAAGGCUUCCACCAACAUACACUCCCUCAAAGGCUAUAGAAUGAUGGAUAGGAUAAAGAACAGCCUUGAAUCAGAAUGUCCUGGGAUUGUUUCUUGUGCUGAUAUACUCACUAUUGCAGCCAGGGAUGCAGUGAUUCUGGUGGGCGGCCCUUACUGGGAGGUCCCUCUUGGAAGAAAGGAUUCCACAACUGCAAGCUAUGAACUUGCAAACCAAAAUCUUCCCUCUGCCAAUGAGGGCCUUAUGAGCAUCAUCUCCAAGUUUCUUUAUCAGGGCCUCUCCGUAACUGACAUGGUAGCUCUAUCAGGAGCGCACACGAUUGGAAUGGCGAGGUGCAAGAAUUUCAGGGAAAGGAUUUAUGGGGAUUUCGAAGCGACUUCGGAUGCUAACAACCCGAUUUCGAAGAUGUAUAUCGAAAAGUUGAGGUCUAUAUGUCCUCCAAUUGGGAAAGAUGCAGAGAAGAACAUAACAGGAAUGGACAAUGUGACGCCAGAGGUGUUUGAUAACUCCUAUUUCCAGAUGUUGAUGAGAGGAGAAGGGGUUUUGAAUUCAGAUCAGGAAUUGUAUUCCAGCCUUCUGGGCAUGGAAACCAGGGCGCUGGUGAAGAAAUAUGCCGUUGACCCACUUGCUUUCUUUCAGCAAUUCUCUGAUUCCAUGGUGAAAUUGGGAAAUAUCACCAACUCUGAUAGCUUUUUGAGUGGGGAAGUUAGGAAAAAUUGCAGGUUUAUCAACACAUGA